AUUGUGAUCAGAGAUCUGGGGUUAGCAAACUACUUGUCUUUUUGAAACACUUAUUUAAUUAAAAAAAAAAAAAAAAUCAGCACAUAUUUUAGGAAAUCUGUGUGUGCAUUUGCAUUUAGAUAACUUUUUUCUUUUUUUUUUUUUUUUUUUUUAGGUUAUUUCAUCUUGCCACACAAUAAAAAGAAGGAUAAUGGAUUCCAACAUGUCAAUAUAUUCAACUGUUCUUACUUUGGAAUCACUGGACAUAUCACCAUCUAACAUUUUACCAGUGUUCAUGUUUGGAGCCCUUACAUAUUGUGCUAUUUUGUUUUUCAAUAUGACAUUACUGCUAACAAUUGCUCUGAACCAAAAACUUCAUAAACCUAUGUACAUACUGUUGUUUCACAUGCCAAUCAAUGACAUUGUAGGUGCCUCUGCCUUUUUUCCUCAGAUGAUUUCUAGUAUACUGUCACAGAAUAGAUCAAUCACUUAUUCUGCAUGUUAUGUGCAAGCCUUCUUGGUACAUUUGUAUGGGUCUGGAACCCUUCUGAUACUGACUGCUAUGGCAUAUGACAGGUAUAUUGCAAUUUGUUACCCAUUGAAAUAUAACACCAUGAUGUCCCCAAAUAACUUGUUAAAGAUAAUCCUUACAAUAUGGUCCCUAGAUUUUACAAUGAUUGGUUUACUACUUGCACUGAGCUACCGUCAAGAGAUUUGUAACACAAGAAUAGUAGACACUUUCUGUAAUAAUCCAAGUUUGAUGAAGCUAAUUUGUGGGGACAUAAGGUUGAAUAACUAUUAUGGACUGUUUAUCACUGUUUUUCUCCAAGGACUAUCAGUGUUCAUAGUGUUAUUCACAUACAUCCAAAUCCUAAUCACCUGUAUCUCUAAAAGACAAACUGAUGCGAAAAGCAAAGCAAUUCAGACAUGUGGUACACACCUAGUUGUUUUUUUAUGUGUAGAGUUCAAUGCACUCUUUGCCUUAAUUUCACACAGGUUUGAGAAUGUAUCCCAGUACUUAAGAAGGGCCUUUGGUAUGUCUGUAAUGAUAUUUCCUCCUUUUCUUAAUCCUUUAAUAUAUGGAUUGAAAACAAAGGAAAUUCGACAGAACAUUACUGUCUUCUUCCAUAAAAAGAUCUUUCAGUCAUAACAAAAAAUCAUUAUUUAGUGUGAUGUUUAAUACUGCAAUGCAAUAUUUAUAUGUAAUUUAAUAUUUAUAAGUAUUUAUUUAUUUAUUAACCACACUAUUAAGAAUAAAGGUGCCAGAAAAGGUCUUUAGAGCAAUGCUUUAAGAGAAAAACAAAUAAUACAAAAACAUUUUUGUUUCUCUAAAGAAUCUUUCAGUCCAUGGUUUGUUAACCAUUUGUCUUGUUAUUACAAUGAAGCUACAAUGAAUAGUCAUUUUUCAUAACAAAGGUCUUUCUUUAUAUUGGUUAUAUUUAUAGUUUUCUGUGGCACCAUAACUGGAUAAAGAUCAAUAAAUAAAAAUGUUGUUUAGCAUUAGCAAAACAUUACAGCAUAAUAUUGUAUUGUAUUGCUUUUCUUUCUUUCUUUUGAUUCUGUUUUGCUGGCAUCGUUUGGGUCCACUUAACCUCUUAGAGGGAAGAUUUGCUGCAAAUUAAUACAAGGUUUUUCUUCAUCAUCAUUGUUAUCGUAUGAUGAAACAUUUCUAUCUUGACCAGCUCUUGGUGGCUCAUCCCCUGACCAUGACACUUUUUUUUCUCCACCUUAAUUUGUCAUCCAUCUGUACAAGCACAUGAUCCAGAGAGAGUGAAUGCCAUGCUCAAGGGCACAAAAGUGGGAGCUUGCUGUUGCUGGGAUUUUAACUUACCACAUUUUGAUCAGUAUGCCAGAACCAGAACUGUUUUUCUACACAACCAUUACAAUUUUUACUUGUCUCAAUAAACCUGCCUGCUCUUUGAAAAGUGUGCUGAAAAUCAAAAAUUAUGAAGUGAUGAAAUUGUACUUUGUUCAGGUUAAGUUGUCAGAAACACAUAUUCAUUCCACUUGUGUUUAAUUGUGAUUGUAUCUACUAUAUUGUUCCUUCUUUUAACUUAAGCGCUUUAUCCUGGUCAGGGUAAAGGUGCAUCCAGAGUCUAUCCCAGGGAAGCUGGUAGGGAAGCAGUUACUGGGUCGACCUAUUGGAUUUCUAUUUUAUGAUCUGUGGCCUUAUCCUUUUUGAUGUAUUUUUUCACAUAUAUUUACUAAUUCAAGUACAAUUUUUAUUUGAAGAGUUUUUUAACACCCAUAUUUUGCUGUGGCCUCAGAUAAUGUAGGCCUUUGCAAAUUAAGUUUGCAAGGCUGUGAAGGAAGUAAGACAGGGGUAACUGUAAAGAAAAAAAAUAAAAAUUACAGACAAUUUGGCACCCAAUAAAAUGUGUCUCUGGAAAUAGAAGUACUUUGCUUAAAAUGGCUGUAAUUCCUAAAUGGUAAAUGUCAUA